AUGUUGUUAUCUUUUGAGCAAGCAUCUAAAAGGCAAUUUCUAAACCCUGGACGGAUCCCAACAUUGAAUAUGACCCUGCCAAGAAUUAUAGAUACCUCACUUGUGUUUAAGUUUUCCGAUCCAGCAGGCCUUCCAAGGUCUAGUUUCAAUCGUGGUAAGCCACAUGAAAGGAGAUUGGAUAUCAACCAAUCCAAAAUGGCAACAUUAAAGUGUUCAAUCUUUGCGCAGAUUCGACCAUCUUUAGAAAAGUCUCAUCAAAAGUCUCAUCCUGAGUUUAAAUAUAAAAGUAAAAAGGUUUUGGUUGUGAACCAGUACCAUGUACCACGUUCAUGGCUCAAGUCUCAGAACCUUGUAGUUGUGUUUGAAGAGUGGGGUGGUGAUCCUAAUGGAAUCUCACUG